CGGAGGGAACACUGUUGAUGGCUUGCUGACGAAGAAAUGUUUGCCGUGGGUGUUGUGUGCAUGGGAAAAAAGUCGGAAAACGUCCUGUAAUAUCGUACGGAAGCACCUAAAAUAGAGUGAUAAAGUUGCUGGAAGUGAUAAGCUGGGUGAAGAAUGUGUUAUUUACCCGUUGGAACCAUCGUAUGGAUCGUAUGAAUGUGUUUAUCGUUUGGGACCCAGCACGGAGGCGCCAAUUGGCCUAAUUAAGGUGUAUCUGCAGGAAAGUGUAGCAGCGCGAUCAAUUCAUAGCGUUCGGUUUGAGCGGGAGGCAAUUGCAUACGUAUUGCGGCAAAAGUGUGCGAUUUGGUGCGCCGUGAACGAAAGUGAAGCGAAAGAAGUGUGUGAUUAAUAGGAGGCGUCAUCGCCGCUAAAGAAAGUUGCUGGAUGCUUCGAAGCUGCGGUUUUUUUGUGUGUGCGCUAUACACCAAUGCUGCAGUAGUGUGUGUGUAAUGUUUGAUGUGUAACGGCUUCUCGUCGUGUCGUUUACGAAAGGUGAAGCAGUGUGCGCGCGUGUGUGUGGUGUGUGGUGUGUGAAUAAAAUCCCUCGUCUGAAGAGGUGAUCCCGUUGUGUGUGAGUGUGUGUGUGUGAAUGCGCAUCGCGCACGACAUUGUUAAAUGUCAUUUUCUUAGCGAGCAAAAACGAAAACAACCUUCUGCAGCAGUCGCUAGUCUGGUCCCUGUCCGGUGGAGCACGGUUGCUGGCGCAGUGUAGUUUGUUUACUUGCCUGUUUUUUGCGAAAGUGUUUCCCGCCCGAGCGGACCGAUGUGGUCGGCGAAGCUUAAAACUCACCCUAGUCUAUACCACAGUCUGUUGUUGUUGUUAAGUUCUGGACGAUUACGAACGGCAGUGGCGGUGGUGGUGGUGGAGCGAGAAGAUCCUUAAACCGAGGGACAUCAAAUCAACAGCAGCAUCAUGUUUUACGCACACAUCGUGUUGGCCAAGAAGGGCCCGCUGGCCCGUAUCUGGUUGGCGGCACAUUGGGACAAAAAGAUCACGAAGGCGCACGUUUUCGAAACAAACAUCGAGCAGAGCGUGGACGGUAUCAUGCAGCCGAAGGUGAAGCUGGCGCUGCGUACCUCCGGCCAUCUGCUGCUGGGGGUAGUGCGGAUUUACGCUCGUAAAGCAAAGUACCUGCUGGCGGAUUGUAAUGAGGCGUUCGUUAAGAUUAAGAUGGCAUUUCGUCCAGGCAUGGUGGAUCUACCGGAAGAACACCGGGAAGCUGCUGUGAAUGCGAUUACGCUUCCGGAAGUGUUUCACGAUUUCGAUACGCCACUGCCGGAGUUGAACGACGUCGACAUCGAGGCACAUUUCUCGAUAAACCAAUCCCGCGCGGAUGAGAUUACGAUGCGCGAAGAUUAUGGAACGCUUCCACUGAACUUGCACGACGAUGGGUUUGGUGAUAUGGGUUUCGACGAUACACCCGACCUAGUUCGCGACCGUAUGGACGAUCAGAUGGAGGACGACCUGUUCACCGAUACCGUGGCGCGCCCGCCAGAUUUAGAGCAAGAUAAGGAACCGUUGCCGGGCACCUCUCGGUCUCUGUUAGAUUCGAUCGAUCCACACCAUCCACACGCAGACGAUGAUAACUUUGGUGAUGAGGAUUUCGGUGGUCAACCUGCGGCCGGUUUGUUCGAAGGUGAUAUAUUUGCCGAUGCUCCACUCGCCCCGGAACCGGAACUCCCCACCGCCGUUACACAGCGACGAGAUGAUUCGGAUGAUGAUGAUGACGAUCACUUCGACAUGGGCGGUGCACCUUCGCCAGCUCCGAGCUCAGACAAUUCCCGGCCACCCACGCCCAUCACGAGCAACGCAUUGUUGGACGGUGAACCGCAGCCUGGAACGAGUAAGGAAGGGGCAGGGGCCGGUUCACAGAACCAACAGUUGCAUCCCGAAACCGGCCUUCCCAUCGCACACGAUGACGGCGAAGAGGGUAUCGGUAAUGAUGGACAUCCGGAUCAAACGGCACUGCUGAAUAACGAAGAAGAAAGCUUUGCUCUUGCACCGGUCGAUGCCACCGCCCUGAAAGGUACGACAAAAUCGAAACGGAAACGAAAGCUUAUCGUGGACGAGGUGAAGAACAUAUCGGGCGAAGAGAUGAAGAGCCAGCUCGCCAACACGUCCGACAUCGUGACGACGUUGGAUUUGGCGCCGCCCACCAAACGACUAAUGUACUGGAAGGAAACCGGCGGUGUCGAGAAGCUGUUUGCGCUUCCAUCGCGGGACAUUCCCGCGCGAUGUUUGUUUAAGAACUAUCAGCGCCACCUUACCUCGCGAUCGAUCGGUAUCGAAGACUUUGCGGUACUGGCGCCGCUGGACGUGCUCGGCGUCGAAUUGCCGGUGGAACGUGCGGAAUCUCCAACCCAGAUUGUAGCAUCGAAGCGAGGUAGAAAGAGAAAACAACAGCCAGACGCAGCUGCAACACCGGGUUAUUUGGAACAGUCGUCGAACGAUCAGAUGCGAACGGUUGCCGGUGAGAUGGCUCCUCCGACGCCGGCUUCGAUAGAGAUGCGUGACGAUGGACUGACGGCGGACGCAACCCAAUCAUCCUCGUUCAUGCCACCGCCUCCGACGCCGGGACUAAGCCAUCUGGCGAGUCCGACCCACCAGAGCCAUCUAAUGCCGCCUACUCCGGGAAUGCCGAACAUUCCGAUGACGCCGGGACAGCUUGACCACGGAGGUUUGACACCAGCCGGUCUGGGUCACGGUGGCGGUGAGUUGACGCCGGUGGGACUGUCGCACGGAGGGCUUACACCGAGCGAUCUGCAUCACGGUGGGCUAACGCCGGCCGGACUACAGCAUGGUGAUCUCGGCGGCGGUAUGACACCGCACGGGUUGGACCACGGUGGUAUGACACCGCACCAUGCAUCGUUGGAAAACAUCGACCAAAUUCCUAACCUACCCGCCGACCAAGUUUCCUCGAUCCUUAACGAACCGGGCAUGGAAGGAUUUUCCAACAUGGGCUUCGAUGGCAACACCUCGGAGGAGAUAGCGAACGAUUGGAACGGGGACUACGAGUUCCCGCCUUCCGUUGGUGCGACGCAUCCCAACGAGGAGCAGCAGGUCGACGAAACUAUCGAGCAGUUUGAGGAGCGUGUACUGAACAAACGGGCGGCACAAAUGUUCCUUUCCGUAAAGUCACGAUUACUGAAAGCCGAUCAAAUGAUGCUGUCCGAGAUGACGCAUCGAAACAACAAGAAACAGGCUGCUCAAAAGUUCUACUCGCUUCUGGUGCUGAAGAAGUUCAAAGCAUUGGAAAUCUCACAGCUAAAACCGUACGACGACAUCACCGUCACCAGGGGCCCAAUGUUCGAUAAUCCGAAGCUGUAAGCUGAUGCACGGGUUGCAGAAUCUCGGCGUUGUUGCUCCGGGAGUGACAUAACUGUAAAGUAAAGUUUUAUACAGUGUGCAGUGGAUAGGAAUGCGAAUGAUUCCACCGCCAGGGUUAACAGGCCAACAAGCACAGCUCAGUUUCUAGGAUCGCAUUUACAUCCUGCUGGCGACAGCAGUAAGUGCAAGUAUCUUUGAUGAUGAAACAUCUUUGCCUAUCGAACAUUGUUUUGCUUAUGUACACGGGCGCGUACGAGCCGCCCUCUGGCAGCUUGUUUGCCGUAGUGUUUGUGCAAAAGAUUCAUCAUCAAAGAGCUGCAUCGGGAUGCCGGGAUGUUUGGGUUAAUUUCCUACGACUGCGUGCUCGCUUAAACCCUGGAGGUGGACGCAUUCAUUAGCUUUAAGGUAGUCGUAGGGGUACUGUUGUUGAAUUUAUUUUAUUUCGUAGGCUCGUACGCGUUAAGUUAAGUGCAAAGUGUUUCAGUUUUUACUACUAGACUAUAUUAUUUUGUGGACGUGUUUCACUGCGGUCUAGCCAUCUAAGAUUACGCACCCCGUAUCGAUUGCCGUCGUAAAAAGGAGAAGGGAAUGUGACCUGAGUUUCGAUUGUGAACACAAAUGCGGGAGUUUCGGCAGGAGUAGUUCCUUGGUUGCGUUGUCGCAAAAGAUGUAGUAAAUUUUAUUUUUUUAAAGGAA